GAUGGGACAACCCAGCCUGCCAGGCUUUUCAUAGGAUGGGGCAGGCAGAAGAUCUCCCACCGCCUUCAGAAUUAUGUGUAGAAGCCUCUACCAUGUCCCAGGAGGGCCUGAGCGAUCUGCCACCCCUGCUUCCCCACAUUGCCUCCUGCUCCUCCUCACUAGAUCACUAGACACACGCCAGCCCUACCAGACCCCUCAACCGCAUAUUUUGGGCAUGUGCCUCACUCACUCCCACUGCAGGGGCUUUAUACUCAUUGUCCUUCUGGCUGGCAUGUCCCCCCAUCCCACCCCACAGAUCAAUAGGUCUCCCGUCCCUCCCUUGGUUUGGGGCCUCUCCACAUCUCAAGAAGCACCUUCUACCCUUUCAUUCUUCAGCCCCUUGCUUCACAUUAUUUCCCUCCAUAGCAUGUACUGCUACCAGCAUUGACAUCGGGAAUCUCUGUUCAAUGUCCUUGUCUCCCAGGCAGAAUGCACGCCCUGCCAGGGUUUCUUACCGAACCUGGCACACAGCCCACACUCAAUACAUGCUGACUGAUAGCAACAGAGUCACAGUGCCCACACCCACCUGCCUCCUUCUGCCUUGGACAGCCAGGCAGGUGCCUUCUUUGCCUCAAUCUUUCUUUCUUUCUGCAGAGGGAAGCCUGGAGCCACAAAUUGAAGACCUGAUUAACCGGAUUAAUGAGCUUCAGCAAGGUAAAGUUUGGGACCUAAGAAGGCCAGCUGGCCAAGAAGGACCUGGGCUUUGAAAGCCUCCACUUCCUCAUCUGUAAGACCCAGGCCCCUGCAGGGUGUCCGACGAUGAGUGUGCAGUGUCACACUGUCUGUGCAGGAAUAGCAAUCCUAGAGGCUGCCCUCACAGUGUGUCUUCUUCCCUUCUUUGGCCCAGCAAAGAAGAAAUCCAGCGAGGAACUAGGAGAAGCCCACGCUCUCUGGAAGGCCCUGCAUAGGGAACUGGACUCCCGUAAGUGGGACCAGAAGAGGGACCCAGAGAUCUCAUGCCCAGUGUUGACGGUCCUGUGCGCAGCCCAGGAUCUUUGUUCCCUCCACCUGCGAGGCCCUCGUCCCACAUAAUCCCCUUCGCCUCUUGCUCUCUCGAGUGACCUUUAAGCUCUCAGCCUAAACUUGGCCCAAACAGGUCUGCCUUGAUGGACCCCUUUAAAAAUAGUACACCCGCUUCUCUCCGUGGCUCGAUUCAUUUUUUUCACAGCUUUAAUUUCUACUUGACGUGGUAUGUCUCCUCGUCUCCACCCUCAGUAUAAACCCUGCGAGUUCUAACAAGGGAGCCCUGCAGUCUUUCACUCCUUCAGCACUUGGCGGGCAUGUGGGCCCCGAGGGGGGAGAAGCUGGAUCAGGAGGGGCCCGAGCGGGAGAUGGGUGCAAGGUUGAUGAGAAGAUGCUUCCCCUCCCCUGAGGCUGUCCCAUACCAUCUUUGGGACCAUGGGCCUUUGCAUGAAGUUGCAGUCAGGGCACAGGAUAAGGCCCCCGGAGACUCAAAAUGUCACUAUGUUUUCCAGUGAAUGGAGAGAAAGUGCAUCUAGAGGAGAUUUUGAGCAAAAAGCAAGAGGCACUGCGGAUCCUGCAGCUGCACUGCCAAAGGAAGGAAGGAAGUACAUGUUGGCGGAGCACGCAGAUCAAAUUUCUAUCCAUAACUCUCAGAUCGCAGAGAGUCAAGGACAGAGGAAGCUGGGGUGGCAUGUGGAACUGCUGGAGGCUUCGAGAGGCCAGCACAAGGACCUCUGGGAAUUCCACGUGAGCCAUUAUCAUUGCCUCAACCAAAGCCACACCUCCCCUCCCCAACCAGAGCCAGGGUCUCUGCCGACCGGCCAGGGUCCACCUACUGCUCAGGCCCAGGGCCAAGGGGUAGUCCUUGACUCUCUUCCUCUCACCCCUUCAACUCAGUCCUUCAGCUUCUACCUUAAACCUGGCCACCUCUACCCACCCCCCACCCCCCCGACUGCCACCCCCAGCAUCUGUUGCCCAGACUGUUACAGCUGCCAUCGCAGGUCUUGCUUCCCUCCUGCUCACCUAGAGAGUGCUCAUCUUCCAGUGGCAAAUGGGUUCUCUCAACCAAACAUGGUCAGGUCAUUCCUCCUGAAUGUCUCUGAAUGUGUCCAGCAGCAUUCCACACUGGCCAAGUCUCUUCUGUCCCCAAGCUGGUUAUGGGCAGGGGGAGGCAUACCCUGAUUAAACAGGAACGUAAGUAGGUAGAACAUGUAACGCCAGUGGGAAAGUCCUCUCUCAGCAGGUGACAUCUGAACACAGACACGAAGGACGUAAGUGAGGGAGCCGUGCAGGUGUAUCUGAGAGCAAAUGUCUCUGGGGGGGCUGACCUGUGCCUGGAGUAUUUGAGAAGGAGCAAAUGGUGGAGCUGGGGCAGGCGGGGGGUGUGAGAGGGUGGGAAAAGAUGAGGUUUUAGAGGUACACGGGGAUGUGAGGCGUGAUUGAGGGGCAAGCAGCUCUGCCGGAGCCAAGCCAGAGCAGAAGCUGCACACUGAAUUGAUGGAUAGCUGAAUUAAUGAACACCCUAAUUCAGAUAAGAACUUACGGAGAGGCGCAAAGGAGGAGGGGGCCAGGAGGCAGCUGGACGAACACAGCUCCUCUCUUUCCUCGCAGAUGCUGAAGCAGCGAUUGGCCUGGGAGAUCCGUGCCCUGCAGAGCAGCAAGGAGCAGCUGCUCA